UGGGUGGACCACCUCCCACCACAGCUCUUCUAUCCGCCCACCUCACCCAACAGCUCUCUCUCUCCCACUGGGUUUGUUUGCCUAGCCUCCUUGUGCCCAUCUUCUCUGGGUCUCUUGUCUGAUUUUCUCUUUGCCUCUAUCCUCCUCCUCCCCACCACUCACCGUGUCCCGGCCUAUCCUUGCCAGUGGUCAGACCCUCCGACCCCCACCAGGGCCAGAGCUGGCUGGGCUUGAGAGAGGUCUGCCCUGAGGAGGACUCCUGGCCCUUGAGCAGGGACCCCAGGGGAACCACGGCCUGGGAGUCUGGACCCCAGGGUCCUUGAGAGGACUGGGGAGGGCCCUGGAGAGUUAGGGCAAGGUACUGGAAGGUGAAAGUAGAGAGAGGGAGGGGCUCGGAGAGAGUGGGCUGGCCUUCAGGCUCUGGGGCAAUCUAGGUUGGGGUGUAGAGGAUGGGAGGCCCAGACGGUGCCAGAGAGAAGCGAAGGUUGGUGGUCAAAAGAGUGGGUCUGAGGAGGCUGGUUGGACAGAGAUGCUGCCCCCACCCCCUUAGGCCUGAGGGAUCAGGAGCUAUGGGGCCAGGGGCCCUCUCAUCUUUACUGCUGCUGCUGCUCUUGGUGGCAACUGGAGACGCUGACAUGAAGGGACAUUUCGACCCUGCCAAAUGCCGCUAUGCCCUGGGCAUGCAGGACCGGACCAUCCCAGAUGGGGACAUUUCUGCUUCCAGCUCCUGGUCGGACUCCACUGCUGCUCGCCACAGCAGGCUGGAGAGCAGUGACGGGGAUGGGGCCUGGUGCCCCGCAGGGCCAGUGUUUCCCAAGGAGGAGGAAUACCUGCAGGUGGAUCUGCGGCGGCUGCACCUGGUGGCUCUGGUGGGCACCCAGGGGCGGCAUGCCGGGGGCCUGGGCAAGGAGUUCUCCCCCAGCUACCGGCUGCGCUACUCCCGGGACGGCCACCGCUGGAUGGACUGGAGGGACCGCUGGGGUCAGGAGGUGAUCCUAGGUAACGAGGACCCUGGGGGAGUAGUGCUGAAGGACCUUGGGCCCCCCAUGGUGGCCCGACUGGUUCGCUUCUACCCCCGGGCUGACCGGGUCAUGAGCGUCUGUCUGCGAGUGGAGCUGUAUGGCUGCCUCUGGAAGGAUGGACUCCUGUCUUACACAGCCCCUGUGGGGCAGACGAUGUACCUAUCUGAGGCCGUGUACCUCAAUGACUCCACCUACGAUGGACACACCACCCACACUGUUGGCGGGCUGCAGUAUGGAGGUCUGGGUCAGCUGGCAGAUGGCGUGGUGGGGCUGGAUGACUUUAGGAAGAGCCAGGAGCUGCGGGUCUGGCCGGGCUAUGACUAUGUGGGAUGGAGAAACCACAGCUUCCCCAGCGGUUACGUGGAGAUGGAAUUUGAGUUUGACCGUCUAAGGGCCUUCCAGGCCAUGCAGGUCCACUGCAACAACAUGCACACACUGGGGGCCCGCCUGCCUGGCGGGGUGGAGUGUUGCUUCAAGCGAGGCCCUGCCAUGGCCUGGGAGGGGGAGCCUGUGCGCCACGCCCUCGGGGGCAGCCUGGGGGACCCCAGAGCCCGGGCUGUGUCAGUGCCCCUGGGCGGCCGGGUGGGCCGCUUUCUGCAGUGCCGCUUCCUCUUUGCUGGGCCUUGGUUACUCUUCAGUGAGAUCUCCUUCAUCUCUGAUGUUGUGAAUGACUCCUCUCCAGCACUGGGGGGCACCUUCCCACCAGCCCCCUGGUGGCCACCUGGCCCACCUCCCACCAACUUCAGCAGCUUGGAGCUGGAGCCCCGGGGCCAGCAGCCUGUGGCCAAGGCCGAGGGGAGCCCGACUGCCAUCCUCAUCGGCUGCCUGGUGGCCAUCAUCCUGCUGCUGCUGCUCAUCAUCGCCCUCAUGCUCUGGCGGCUGCACUGGCGCAGGCUCCUCAGCAAGGCUGAGCGUCGGGUAUUAGAAGAGGAGCUGACAGUUCAUCUCUCUGUCCCUGGGGACACCAUCCUCAUCAACAACCGCCCGGGCCCUCGAGAGCCACCCCCUUAUCAGGAGCCCCGGCCUCGUGGGAAUCCACCCCACUCUGCUCCCAGUGUCCCAAACGGCUCUGCGUUGCUGCUCUCCAAUCCGGCCUACCGCCUCCUUCUGGCCACUUACGCCCGUCCCCCUCGAGGCCCGGGCCCCCCCACACCCGCCUGGGCCAAACCCACCAACACCCAGGCCUGCAGUGGGGACUAUAUGGAGCCUGAGAAGCCGGGUGCCCCGCUUUUGCCCCCACCUCCCCAGAACAGCGUCCCCCACUAUGCCGAGGCUGACAUUGUCACCCUGCAGGGCGUCACCGGGGGCAACACCUAUGCUGUGCCCGCGCUGCCCCCGGGGGUGGCUGGGGAUGGGCCCCCCAGAGUGGAUUUUCCUCGGUCGCGGCUCCGCUUCAAGGAGAAGCUUGGCGAGGGCCAGUUUGGGGAGGUGCACCUGUGUGAGGUAGAGAACCCUCAAGAUCUGGUCAGUCUUGAUUUCCCCCUUAAUGUGCGCAAGGGGCAUCCCUUGCUGGUAGCUGUCAAGAUCCUACGGGCAGAUGCCACCAAGAAUGCCAGGAACGAUUUCCUGAAGGAAGUGAAGAUCAUGUCGAGGCUAAAGGACCCCAACAUCAUCCGGCUCCUGGGCGUGUGUGUGCAGGAUGACCCCCUCUGCAUGAUUACUGAUUACAUGGAGAAUGGCGACCUUAACCAGUUCCUCAGCGCCCACCAGCUAGAGGACAAGGCGGCUGAGGGGGCUCCUGGGGAUGAGGAGGCUGCCCAGGGGCCCACCAUCAGCUACCCGAUGCUGUUGCACGUGGCGGCCCAGAUUGCCUCGGGCAUGCGCUAUCUGGCCACACUCAACUUCGUGCAUCGGGACCUGGCCACGAGGAACUGCCUGGUUGGGGAAAAUUUCACCAUCAAGAUCGCCGACUUCGGCAUGAGCCGGAACCUCUACGCUGGGGACUAUUACCGUGUGCAAGGCCGGGCGGUGCUGCCCAUCCGGUGGAUGGCCUGGGAGUGCAUCCUCAUGGGGAAGUUCACGACCGCGAGUGAUGUGUGGGCCUUUGGGGUGACCCUGUGGGAGGUGCUGAUGCUGUGCCGGGCCCAGCCCUUUGGGCAGCUCACCGACGAGCAAGUCAUCGAGAACGCAGGGGAGUUCUUCCGGGACCAGGGCCGGCAGGUGUACCUGUCCCGGCCCCCUGCCUGCCCGCUGGGCCUGUAUGAGCUGAUGCUUCGGUGCUGGAGCCGGGAGCCUGAGCAGCGACCACCCUUCUCCCAACUGCAUCAGUUCCUGGCAGAAGAUGCACUCAACACAGUGUGAUUCACAACACCCAGCCGCCCCUCCCUCAGGACGAUCCAGGGGAGGCCAGCGGCACUAAACAAGAGGAGCUCACGGCACCCCCACUCCAUGCCCCCUCCCAACCGCCCUUCACCUCUGAUAGAGGCAGUGUGACCGCAGGUGGGCUGGACCUGCCACGGAGCUGACGCCCUCCCUCCGCCAGACAAGCCCUCAUGCCCCCUUCCUGCUCCUCUCCUAGAAGCCCACACUGCCCACCCAGCUGGCCCUGUGGAUGGGAUCCUCUGACCUCCUCUAGCCAUCCCUUGGGGGAGGGCAGGGACAAAUAUAGGGCAGACACUGGACAUGGCCCAUUGGAGCACCUGGGCCCCACUGGACAACACUGGUUCCUGAAGAGAAGGCUUUGGCCCCCCCGGCCUCUCUUUCCGUCACACACUGGACCCCGCUGGCUGAGAAUUUGGGAAGUGAGGAGGACAAGAAAGGGAGA